AGGCAAGUGUUUUCCACGUCAAGCAGCGGCAGCGCGUUCUACAGUUUACCCCUCUCCUUGUCUCCCUCUGUCUCUCUCUCUCUGUAUAUAUAAGAUCGUAUGGUCUAUCUAUCCACGCACAAACAAUCAGUACACAUGUUUAUAGAUACAAAUAGAUAGAGACACAUUAAUUCGCAUAUUAUAUAUAUGUAUAUGUGUAUGUAUAUGUAGUUCCCAGUUGGUGUUCGUCUUCAUCGCUCCACGCGUUGCAUUUCACCUUUCACACUUCUACGCUUUGCUCUACAACUCUACGCGUCUCUCUCUCUCUACCCGUUUAUUGCCUAAAUCUCCGCUCUCUCCCUCCAAUUCCAGCCCCAUAUUUCCAUUCUUCACACAAUCUGACACUUGCUACAUUUCCAGAGAAGCCGCGGCAGCCUCAUUAAGAAAUAAAUCAACGUGAACGAGGCAAAUUUCACGAAUCCAAACAAUUUUUUUAUUGGCUUUGUUGGAAGAAGGGGAUUGAAUCUCGGUGUAUGUGUUUGAAUAGUAUACGUAUAUACCUGUACAUAUCUAUAUUUAGGUCAUCGGUGUUGGGGAUGAGGAUGGGUGGUGAGAUAGCCUACUUUAAAGAAGAAAACAAGGACGAAGAGGUGAUAAAAGACAGGGAGCUGGAGGACGAGAAAAUGGUGGCGCAGAUGAGAUAUUCGGCGGCUGCGAUCGGUGGAGGCUUUUCUCCGCCACCGUCGACGAUGAAGGUUGUGGUCGUCGGCUACGCCCUCACUUCUAAGAAGAUUAAGAGCUUUCUGCAGCCCAAGCUUGAAGGCUUAGCUAGGAACAAAGGAAUUCUAUUUGUGGCUAUUGACCUUAGUAAACCACUUUCAGAUCAAGGUCCCUUUGACAUUGUGUUACAUAAGUUAUCUGGAAAAGAAUGGCAAUGCAUACUUGAGGAUUAUCGGAUAACACAUCCCAACGUCACUGUUCUUGAUCCUCCUGAUGCCAUAGAGCAUGUGUACAGCCGUCAGUCUAUGCUCCAGGUUGUUGCUGAGCUGAAUCUGUCAGACCCCUAUGGAAAAGUGGGUGUACCCGAACAGUUGGUUAUCAAGAAAGAUUCAUCAUCUAUUCCUGAUUCUGUGAACAUGGCUGGGUUGAGGCUGCCGCUGGUGGCAAAGCCAUUAUUUGCAAAGUCACAUGAGCUGUCUCUGGCAUAUGACGAGUUGUCCCUCCAAAAGCUUGAACCCCCGCUUGUUCUGCAGGAAUUUAUCAAUCACGGAGGCGUGCUCUUCAAAGUUUAUAUUGUUGGGGAGGCAAUAAAGGUGCUCAGACGUUUCUCGUUGCCAGAUGUCAGUAAGCGUGAGCUGAAAACGACUGCAGGUGUUUAUCGUUUCCCUAGAGUAUCUUGUGCUGCUGCAUCUGCUGAUGAAGCGGACUUGGAUCCUCAUGUUGCUGAACUCCCUCCAAGACCGUUACUUGAGAGACUGGCUAAAGAACUACGACAUCGGCUGGGUCUCCGGUUGUUUAACCUGGAUAUGAUUCGUGAGCAUGGAACUCGAGACCGUUACUACGUGAUAGACAUUAACUAUUUUCCAGGAUAUGGGAAGAUGCCCGAAUAUGAGCAUAUAUUUACAGAUUUCCUUUUGAGCCUGGCUCCAAGCAAAUGAAAAGUCUAAAAUCUGGCAAGAGGUUUCUUGAUGAUGUAUAAACGAGCUCGUGCUGCACAAGAUCCAAAACAAAACCACGUAGCAGUUAAAAACCGAAGGCGGUCCCUGCUGUGGUAAGUGAAAAUUUGUUCCCUUGUUGACGAAGGUUGUCGGCGAUGCCGUGGAGUGUCCCAAUUUUUGUUCAUUUUUUCAUGUGUUUUUCCUAAUUUCACCACUUUGUAUGUUUUAUGUGGUGAGUCUUGAUGUUUAGAUCAAGUAGCCAUUCCCGUCUCCUUGUACAUCCUUCUUUUAGAGAAGCCGCAUGUAAAGUCUCUUUAUAGUUUAGCAUUUCAUCGCGUCUCA